AUGGAGUUUUACCUGGAGAUCGACCCUGUCACCUUGAACCUCAUUAUCCUAGUUGCAAGCUACGUCAUCCUCCUCUUGGUGUUCCUCAUCUCCUGCGUGCUGUAUGACUGCCGAGGCAAGGAUCCCAGUAAGGAGUAUGCCCCCGAGACCACACUGAAUGCCCAGCCGUCUAUCCGAGUGGUGGUGACACAGCACAGUGCUCAUGGGACCUGGGCAAGAGGACCCAGUCUUCACUUUAAAGAUCCUGCUCCAAUAGGGAAGAAGAGCACCGUGGUGUGA